CACCAUCAGCCUUCAAACCUCCCCACUCUCAUCCUCAGCAAUGGCCUCCCGUCUCGCAAGGAGCGCGGUCGGCGCCGCCCGCCUCCGACCAACUCUUCCAUUCCGAACCCUCCCAGCCAUCACGGCCCAGAUCGCCCCGGCCCGCUACAACUCCAAUGUCCCCGCCGAGGACCCCAAGAAGAAAGCGCAAUCCAUCUUGGACUCGAUACCCGGGAAUAGCUUCGUGUCCAAGGCGGCUGUACUCUCCGCCGGAGCGGGUAUAUCGGUUGCGGCAAUUAGCAAUGAGAUCUACGUGGUCAACGAGGAGUCCAUCGUGGCCAUCAGUUUAUUGACCAUCUUCUGGGCUGUCGCUCACUAUGCCGGACCUGCCUGGUCGGAUUAUGCGCAGACCCAGGUCGACAAGAUCAAAGGCAUUCUGAACGCUGCUCGGGCUGAUCACACUGCAGCCGUAAAGCAACGGAUUGAGAGUGUCCAGGAUCUCGGAGGCGUUAUCGACAUCACCAAGACUCUCUUCGAGGUUUCAAAGGAAACCGCCCAGCUAGAGGCUCAGGCAUACGAGCUGGAGCAGAAGACUUCCAUCGCGCACGAGGCGAAAGCCGUCUUGGAUUCGUGGGUGCGCUACGAGGGGCAAGUCAAACAGAGGCAGCAGCGAGAGCUGGCUGAGUCCAUUAUUGCCAAGAUCGAGAAGGAGCUCGAAAACCCGAGGGUUCUCAAGCAAAUUCUUGACCAAAGUGUUGCCGACGUUGAGAGGAUCGUUUCACAAAAGGCAUAAUUGACCGCAGACAUCUCUUUCCCUCGUCAAUCCACUGUUAAAUACAUCUGUGCAAUAGUCAAUCUGGUUCAAUAGAUUAUCCUUGAGCUUUGGGCAUUGGCCCAAGAAUAAAUGUGCGUCUUGAUU